AUGGAAUACCAUAGCUUAGAUAAUAUAUUCCACACGUGUUCCUUGGAAUCAAACAUUGAUGUUGUGCAGAAAAUAAUUCCUGGGAAAGGAUACAAGAGGGUAUUCUAUAGAAGGUUAUACUGGCAGUGGUUAUUAAUAUGCUUGAUAAUUCUGAAGCUUGCAAUCGCACCAUUUGUCAUAACUUUUUUGCCCAAGUCAAAUUAUGGAGUAUUUUUCAAUUUUCCAAUGUUUUUAGUUUUUGUGAUCGAUUUAAUAGGAUUGUUGGAUAUUUGUCUGUCUUUUGUAACCGGUUAUUUAGAUCGAGACUCCUUGGAAAUCAUUUUAGAGUCAAACCUCAUUGUCAAAAAAUACCUCAAGACCCGCUUCAUUUUCGACCUCCUGGCAUCGUUUCCUGCAGAAUUUGUUCUUCACAUACCAGAACCCCAAAGUGAAGAGGACAGCUUUUUGUUUACUCCAUUCAUAUUUUUUAUUUUCUGCAAAAUUUUUCACUUGUGUACCCUUUUGUCCUAUUUGCACGGAAGUAAAGAAUUAAAAUCGAGUUUGACUUAUUUGUCGAAACUCAUAUUUCGAAUCCUGGUCAUCGUCAUCGUAAUACAUUGGCUCACUUGUUUACUUCUGAUGAUGACCAGAUUCCGUUAUGGCGAUAAUGUGGAUAAUAUUCCCAGAUCUAACUGGAUUUAUCAAAUUACAUUUGACCAAAUGGACACUACAACUCGAUAUAUUUUAAGUUCGUAUGUUGUCAUGCGCACAAUUUUAGGGUUCCAACAUGAUGAUAAGGAGCAAGAACGCUUCUCAUCUGAGAUACCAGAAUAUACUGCAACAAUUCGAAGACUUUUUGAUGUACAAACAAUGGCGUUUGGAACAAGUAAAAGGUUGAUGGAUUAUUACGAGUAUCGUUUCCAGAAAUAUUUUAUAAAGAAGGAUUUUAUUAUUAAAGCAGGAGAACCUGGAAACUGCAUGUACUUCAUAAAUUGCGGAACAGUAGCUAUUUAUGGAGCAAGUUUAAUUGAAAAAAAUCAUUUGUACGAUGGAGAUUAUUUUGGAGAAGUAUCUCUAGUCACAGGAGAAGUUAGAAUAGCUUCUGUGGUUGCAAUAGAAACAUUGUGUUACUACACAUCAUCUUACACCUCUCGUUUCUUGAGACAAUGUUUUGCCUUAUUUGUGAUCCUCCACUGGUUGGCAUGUUUGAAAUUCAUGAUCACCCGUUGGACUCAUGGUGAUGUCGAAGAUUUGAUACCAACUUUUGCUUGGGUAAAACAAAUGAACUUUUUGCCCAAGUUUCCAAAUGAUCGUUACAUCACGUGCUUUUUUAACAUCAUGAGUGCCAGUACGACUUAUAACUAUGGAAUGUCUCUAUCUUUUUCUUCCGAAGACAUGAUCAUGACAAUGGUAUUAUAUCUUUUUGGAUCAAUCCUGAAAAUCCUGGUAGUUGCACAAAUUUUGCUUCUAGUUAGAAAUACGAAUGCUUCUAAAUUGAAGUACCAAACACUGCUCCAGCAAUUGAAUGAGUUUAUACGCCACAAGCAACUUCCUCAGGUGAUCAGGAAUAGAUUGUUGGAUUAUUAUGAGUUUAAAUUUCAGAAGAAUUUUUAUAAAGAAGACGCUAUAUUGGAUACUUUAUCUACGCAACUCAGACAAGAGAUUAUAGUGUACAGUUGCCGAAGAUUGGUGACCAGUGUUCCGUUUUUCGAAAAAAUUCCAAAUACUUUGCUGGUUCGUAUUGUGACUUGUCUGCAGUCUGAGAUCUACUUAGCACAAGAUACAAUAGUAGUAGAAGGCCAACCUGGUCACAGCAUGUUCUUCAUAGGAUCAGGAACUGUAGCCAUUUAUGGACAAAAUCGUGAAGUCGCACAUUUGAGUGACGGUGCCCAUUUUGGAGAAGUCGUUCUGGUCACUGAAAAUAAUUUAAGAUCGGCAACUGUUGUAGCUAUAGAAACUUGCGAACUUUACACUUUGGAUCGAAAGGAUUUUAUGCAAGCUAUUUCUCCUUAUCCUGAUAUUAUGGAAAGGAUUCGUAGGGAGGCAUAUAAACGUUUGAAUGUUUCUUUCUCCAAGUGGUCAACUGAUGAAGUUGAUGACAGUAGAUCGGUUCUUGACGAUGAUGGUGAUGAUCUGGAUGAUACUAGACCAGAAAAUUUGGUCUGA